GUUUACCUGCUGCGGCGGUGUACCUGUCGGCGGUGCACCUGUCGCCAAAGAAGCUCACCUGCGCGUUCCCCCGGAUUUACCUGUUGAUUGAAAAUGCGUCAUUAAUCUUGCCCGAACUGACCAGUCGUGCCUUUACUGAUUAUUAAUCAUGAAGAAGGGAGCGUUGAAAUAUCUGGGUCGAAAGAACCACUCUCUUUUCGACACCAAUAUCAAAAUCAAGGACAUGGACAAUGUGGAGCUGAAGCUGGAGUCAUCAGCCAUCCCAGAGUCAGGAACUGCCAGCGUGCGGGCGAGACCCACCGUCAAACAUCAUGCCUCCUCAACUGAGAGUUUUCAAGGGUUUGCCGUCCCAACACCCAAAGUCCCCCUCCUCCCCCCUGUCAACGGUCCAAAGAUCAACGGGUCACUUGGUGGAGAUCACUUGUCCAAUGGAUCUGUUAUAUCUGUUCCUGACCUUGUGGAGGGGGAAAUAUUUGUUCCUCCUCCACCCUCGAUGGCACCUCCACCCCCUCCAGGCACUUUUGUCCCUCCUCCGCCAGACUUCAUGGGUGACCUGAACACCCUAAAUUAUGCAUCGUUUCAGUCUCCUUCCAUGCCUGCUCCAAUACCAAACUCACUGGCAACAUAUGCAGAUGGGGAAGACUUAUCCUUCAUGAAACCACCACCAAUGGCUCCACCAAAGCCUCCAUCUACUUGCUCUAGCGGCUCUGUAUCAUCUGUACCCAUUUCUAGUCCAGCGUCUGCCAAAGUGCCUGAGCAUCCAACAUUUGCCCCUCCACAACUGCCUUCUGAAAGGCAACACAAGAGUCAUAAGAAACCACCUCCCAAACCAAUAAGACUGUCCUCUAUACCCAACCUUGACUCCCCACCACAGACUCCCGCCCCGCCUCCCCCUGUGCAGACACCUACAUUGUCCACUUUCAAUCCCCAAAACACAGCAAAGCUUUACAAUAUCUCUAAUACCUCAAUUCUCAGUGGGUACGAGGAGCAUGACACAAAACCAAGGCAGAGAUUACUCCUAGAAGAUUCUGCGUCCGUCAACUCUUCCCCAGUCCAGGUGGACGGUAAAACCCCUGAAGUGGCUACACUGUCUAAACCAGUUCGUAAAGAUCAACAGGAGCUGAAUGAAAACUCACAAACUACCCAACCCUCUCAAUCAUUCCUGCCUGAGCCAAACAAGGAGGCUAAAACAAGGAUAAUUUCAGCAAAGCCAGAAACAGACAAACCUCUCCAGACUUCACAUCAAAUGUCGCCACAGCUUCCAAAACUGAAUGGUACUGGGCUGAAUUCAGAGCCCAUCAAGGACAAACUUGAAGCAUCUCCAGGUCUAAGUGGCAGAUUCAGUCCGUUGAUAGAUCGGAAAUUACGCAACCUGAGGGGCAGUGAAACCAAUGGGGCACGAGAUGGACCUGCAGCUUCCCCACUGGCUCUUUUAAUGGCGGCUAAAGAAAGAGACAAGCAUAGAUCACAUCACUCUCUGUCACGGGAAAACAGCGGCAAGAAAAAUGAGCAGCCCAGUGGAAGCAUUCACCCGAGUGACUCCAGUCCCAAUUCCUUUAUUGUCACCCCAAGGUCCAGCUCCUCCUCUUCUCUGACAUCUCUAGAAAGAGUGCAGGAGAGUCUAAAGUCUCUCAGUCCCGUGGCACAUAAGAAAGCAAUUCAGACACCAGAAAAACCCAGCAGCCCUGCCCUGGUCAAGGAUCAGACACCCUCUAGCAGUUCAGCUCUUAGUAGGAUGGCUGCAUCCUCAAGUGCAACCAACCUGGUUGAGAAGAAACUAAAUGCAGCAAAAAGCCCCUCAAAUUCUCAACCCACACAGCUAGAGGAUUUAAGUAUGCCAUUACUUCCUCCGCCACCAGAGUUUGAUGAUAUUGAAGAGUUUAUGGAGCCCCCUCCUUCCGUCCCUCCACCGGACCCUCCAAUGAAAAAGGCACCAACACCAACUGUGAUCUCUCUCCCUCCAUCUCAAGUUCCACCUCCUCCUCCGUCUCAAGUCCCCCCUCCUCCUCCGAGUCAAGUACCACCCCCUCCUCCAUCUCAUGUGCCAACGCCUCCUCCAUCUCAAAUCCCAACUCCUCCUCCAAAACCCAAACCUCCAGCGGCUCCAAAACUCCCACCUCCUGACAUCGAUGCCAAACCAAAGCUGCCACCUCAGACAAAACCCAAGGCAGUCCCUGCUCAACUACCACCCAAUCUGUCACCCAGCCAGGUCACACUCCUGAGCAUCUUACAAAAGAAGAUGAUGGAAAUGGACCACAAAAUGACCCCAGUGAAGGAAGCAGAGUCCAGCUCUGAUGACUGGGGCACCCCCUUGUCUGAGGACAAUGAGGUCCCCGUUGUCCCCAAAGUCACACCGUCGAGCAAGAAUUACCCCGCAGUCAACAAAGCAGCCACCAUGAACAUGCAGGAGCUGGAGGGUAAAGUGGUCAGAAAAUAUCAGGAUACCUCCUCUUUGAAAACUCCAAGCAGCAACGGAGGGCAGUCAAAACAUAAGUAUGGUAUGACCUUUACAGUUCGACCUGGAACCAAGCAUCCUAUUACUCCGUACCGAAGAGAGGAUCCUUAAAGAGAUGUGUUCAUGAGAAAGGUGUUCAUCUGUUUAGGACAAAUUGCAUGUCAUUGGAUGAUGUGAUUUUGCAUCAGAAGGAGUUUGAACAAUGGGGAAAAAGCACUUUGAACAAAUAUGUUAAGAAUGUCUCAUGAAAAUGGUCUGAAUGUGCUAUGAAUGUAUUUCUCAGUCUUCGGAGGAUACACUAUCACUGUCAGAUAGUGUUUUCUGAUUUUGUAUUUUAGUUUUUAAGUGGAAUUUUAAUUUUUUAUUUUUAUUUUGACAGCUGCUGUUUAUUCAGUGUAGAGGUAUAUGUUGCAUUAGUUGCCUUUUUAACAAAUGUUUUUAAUUAGACUCAAUGCCACAUGGGUAAUAAUCAUCAGCAAAUUCUAUGAAUAAAACUACUCAAAAUUAUUCAUAGCUGGUGAGUGAAUAAAUCUGUAGAUGGUAACUUUUUGUCAUUUUUGCUUAAAUUGUCACUAUGUCCACACAGUGGUACAUGAGACAGAUAAUCUGUGAAAAAACUCCUAUUCCUCUGCUGUCUUGCAAAAAUAUGUCUCUGAAAACAUUUGAGAGGAAUAAUCAAUGCAGUAACAGAAUCUUGAAUAGUAUUUGAUCAGUGCUGUCAGUAGACAGACUGACUGUAGUUUACAAGCUGUGAUUGACAUGAUUGACAGCUGCGUUACAGACUCCUUGGGUCUGACUGGUUGUUUUUCCUGAGCUGUUGUAGAUUUUGGAAAUUGCCAUCAGAGGCAGUAGGAGGAGGACACAUUUUUUCCACAGACUAUCUCCCUCAUGUACUAUUGCGUGGAUUUAGCAACAGUUUUAGCAAAUAUGACAAAAUUGUGAAAAAAAAAAAAAAGAUAGAACUUACCAUCUGUAGCUUUUACACCAUUCCUGAAUAAAGUCUUUGACAGAUAAAUCUUUCAUCUUGAUUGUAAAAUACAAUAACAAUGUACAAUGCAAUUAUGGUGGUUCAUGCUGUAGUUACAUGUCCCAUACCUGAAAUGUUGACUCUGUUACAUGUAUUAUGUAGGUCCACCUUAACUAAGCUAAAAGUUAAUUCAGACAAGU